AAAUUGAAAUUUUAUUGGUUCAAGCUAAUAUAUUAACAAAUCGCAACUCUUCUGCUUAUCGGUCUUUACUUAUAUAAGUGAGAAAAUUUUACUAAAAUUGAGUUUAUAGAAUAACCAAUUGUUAAUAAAUAAAAUGGAAAUGAAAGUGUUCUUGGGCAUAUUCUUUCUGGUAUAUAGUUGUUACUCCUAUCCAACAGGAGCACCACCCGAAGCUUGUGGUACAUUGGCACCCGCGCAUCCCGUUAUAGUCGAUGGAGUACCGACUUCGGAGAUCCAUCAACCCCAAACAGGACCUUCUCCCUACAAACUGGACGCGAUAAAGAAUUCUGAUGAUUCUAUAACCUUAAUUCUUAGUGGAGAGGACUUCAAAGGAUUCGUCUUCAGAGCUUUCGACGGAAGUGGAGAACCCAUUAAUGGCCAGUUUGAAGAGAAAACUGGUUUGAGAACAAUAAAUUGUGAUUCUAUUAAAGAUACUGUAACUCACGUAGAUGCAAAUGAUAAAUCGACAUUUGAAUUUGUUUGGCAUCCACCUACCGAUGCCACUGGAUCAGUUAUUUUCAAGGGAUCCGUUGUGAAAAAUUAUUCAACGUUUUGGCUAAUCGAAUCCGAACCAGUCAACUAUUAAUUGUAAAAAUAUGAUAUUCUGUUUUUAUAUUUGAAGCUUGUGAUAUGUCUUGAUGUAUACAGAAACAUUUUGAAUAAAACAAAACAUUUACUGAUGUGAAA